CACUGGUCCCAGAUCCCAGUCCCUGUCCUGUCUCCCUGAGGAGUCCUCAGCUCUGGAUCUCUCACCAUUGCCUGGGCUGGAUCUUAUAUAAGGAGGCUGCACUGAACCUGCAGGACACAAGGAGAUCCAGGACUGGACACAAGUAUCUUGGACCUGUAACCCCAGCCUUGUGGAGCAGAGGGGCUGCACCCAGUGCAUGGGGGGAAGAGAAGCAUUGGGAUGAGAUAGAGAGGUGUCCUGCCUGCAGUAUGUGAAGUCUCCAUCUGUACAGUGUUACACGCAGGCCCGGUGGAGCGGUAUGGUCACAUGCACCUCCAUAGGAUUCCAUGAUAUGGAUAGGGAAACCUGCACACAGGAAAACAGGUGAGAGGAGCGGGGCUGCAGACAGGAUGAACUAUGCAUGACUUACACCAAACAGGAUGGCGACCAACAAAAGUGUCUUCGGCAGUGAGGGCCUACUCCCAUUAUUCAGCAGGGAAGGAGAUCUAUUUCAAUCUAAACUUUCAAAAGAAGCCGAUAUCGUUGCCGGAUUGUACUUAUUGUUCAUUGGCGUCCUCUCUACACUGGGGAACGGAUAUGUGUUAUUUACAGCUUGUAGAAGAAAGAAGAAGCUCCGGCCAGCAGAGAUAAUGACGGUGAAUUUAGCCAUCUGUGACCUGGGGAUUUCAGUGACGGGGAAGCCAUUUGCCAUAGUGUCCUUCUUCAGUCACCGCUGGGUGUUUGGUUGGAGCGUCUGCCAGUUGUACGGGUGGGUCAGUUUCUUCUUCGGCUGUGGCAGCCUCAUCACUAUGACGGUUGUUAGUUUAGACAGAUACUUCAAGAUCUGCCAUCUGAGAUACGGUACCUGGCUUAAAAGAAGUCAUGUCUUCACGAGCCUGUUCUUUGUUUGGGUCUAUGCAUCAUUUUGGGCAACUCUUCCAGCGGUUGGCGUGGGUAACUAUGCCCCCGAGCCAUUUGGGACCACGUGUACUCUGGACUGGUGGCUGGCACAGGCGUCAUUGAGGGGGAAGGUCUUUGUGCUCAGUAUUUUCUUCUUCUGCCUUCUUCUCCCCACCACCGUCAUCGUCUUCGCCUACACCAAGAUCAUCGCUAAAGUCAAGUCUUCUGCCGAGGAGGUGGCGCAAUUCGAUACCAGGAACCAGAACACCCACAUAUUGGAAAUAAAGCUGACCAAGGUGGCGAUGUUGAUCUGCGCAGGAUUCCUUAUCGCCUGGAUUCCGUAUGCCGUUGUGGCUAUAUGGUCAGCUUUCGGGAGGCCCGAUUCUGUUCCGAUUGAAAUCUCCGUCAUACCGACCCUGCUGGCGAAAUCGUCCCCGAUGUACAAUCCGAUUAUUUAUCAACUGGUGGAUUAUAAAUUCCCAUGCUGCCGCCAAGGAAAACCUCUGCAGAAAUCCAAUUCCAAGAUCUAUACUAUCAGCACAUACAGAAGAUCACUUCCAUCAGUAGAAGAAAGUGGUGGAAGGAACGAGUAAUGGACCCAUGUCGGAGAAAGUCAGGGAGUCCCCUUCGGGGAGCAGCUAGAUUUGGGCUUCUGACUGGUAUAGAUGUGUUAUUUCUUUAUCAUCAGUCUAAACACUGGACCUGACGUCUGUCAUAAGGAGGUUCUCGCGAUCUCAUGGUCAUCAAACUGGAACCACGGCGUCAUCUAAAGACCCCCACACCAUUACGGAGUCCAUCCUUUGGUCGGCGUCCGGCACUGGCUGCGAUCAAGUGUUAAAGCCCCCCCCCCCUGUAUUUUACAAAAAUGUUAAUGUUCCCGAGUAUCUACAUUUGGUCCAUGAAGAUAUGUAUGACUGAUAAUGGUGGAUAUCACGUGUGGAGACAGUAAGGGGGAGCAUUUCUUCAUAGUAGCCAAUCAGAUUGUGUCUCUUUUGCCAUUCCCAUGCACAAUAGACUAUGAAGACUGAGAUCUGAUUGGAUUCAUGGGGAAGAUAUUGAAUUUUUUUUUUUACCUAAAUGAGACCCAUUGGGGCAGAUUUAUCAAAACUAUCUAAAAAAAUUUAAAAAACGAUUCUAGUUGCCCAAAACAACCAAUCACAGAGCCGUCUUUGAAGAGCCAUUACUUCCUUUUUUUUCCAUAGAGAGAGCCAUAUGAGGGCUUGUUUUUUGCAGUACAAGUUGUAGUUUGUUAUGAUGUCAAUGUACCGAGAGACUAUACACAUAUAUAUACAUUUGGAGUAACAUUUUUACAGUGUUUACUAUGGUAUAAGUGACAUGUAAACUUAAUUCUGUGACCUUAUAA